CUGAGACGCACCUCCAACCGUGCCCUCAUCUCAGAGGUACAUUGAAGGACCACCAGCCCUUCUCUAUCUUUACGAGCGCUUGUGACCGCCGUAGACCUCCCCAUAUACUCCCCGUAUAAUCCCCUCCCUCCUGCCCUGUCCGCCCUGCCGCUCCUUCGACACUCCGCUCCUCGCUCCCUCGCUCGGUCGUCACUUCCUCGCCCAACACCCGCUCUCGUCGACCCCGGGCCUCCUGUGUUGUGGAGUCCUAGAGCAUUUGACUACCGCCGCCAUGUCGUGGAAGCUCACCAAGAAACUUAAGGAUACUCACCUUGCGCCCCUCGCCAACACUUUCAGUCGGUCCUCGUCUACCUCGACUAUAGUCGGCGACUCGACGUCGAAACCCCCUAGCACGGCAAGCAGUUCUACCCACGUGGACCCGAAGGAUCCCAAUGGCAUUGCUGCCUCUGAGGCGAAUGCUGUCCCCCCUGCCCCGCCUCUCAAACCUGGCAUCCUCAUUGUGACCCUCCAUGAGGGCAAAGGUUUCUCUCUCCCUCCAGGCGCUGAGCAGGCCUUUGGCGGAGGCCAUCAUCAGGGCUCGCUCUCGACCGGUGGUGGCUUCUCAGUUGCAGGGUCGAUGCGGCCAAACUCGUCGUCACGGAACCAGGGCGGAGUCGUAGGCUCGUACAGCAACUCAAACCGGCCCCAGUCAGCUGCCGGUAGCAUCAACUCAGUCCCCACAAUUCACGGCCGCUAUUCCUCCAAGUAUCUGCCGUACGCUCUCGUAGAUUUCGACAAGCAGCAGGUCUUCAUCAAUGCGGUUUCUGGGACCCCUGAGAACCCGUUGUGGGCAGGCGGUAACACACAGUACAAAUUCGAUGUUUCCCGUGUCACUGAUCUGUCUAUUUCUCUCUACAUUCGAAACCCCUCAGCUCCCCCGAAUGCUGGCAGGAAUGAGGAUAUUUUCAUCGGCACGUGUAAAGUCAAUCCUCAAUUUGAGGAAUCGCAAUCUCACGUUGAAGAUGCAAAGUCAAGUAAAAAGGACAAGGAGAAGGGCGCCCAAGGCCAAAUCGGCGCUGACUGGAUUGAUAUUCAGUACGGCACCGGGUCUAUGAGGAUUGGGGUCAACUUUGUGGAAAAUCGCCAGGACCGGCUUUCUAUCGACGAUUUUGAGCUUCUUAAAGUGGUCGGGAAAGGUAGCUUUGGCAAGGUCAUGCAGGUCCAGAAACGUGACACACAUCGUAUUUAUGCCCUGAAAACCAUCCGCAAAGCUCACAUCAUUUCUCGUUCUGAAGUCGCACACACUCUUGCGGAACGAUCUGUGCUUGCCCAAAUCAACAAUCCCUUCAUCGUCCCCCUCAAAUUCUCAUUCCAAUCUCCUGAAAAGCUCUACCUUGUCUUAGCUUUUGUUAAUGGUGGCGAGUUGUUCCAUCACCUUCAGAAAGAGCAGCGAUUUGACAUCAAUCGUGCCCGUUUCUAUGCCGCAGAGUUACUGUGUGCGUUAGAGUGUUUGCACGGUUUCAAUGUCAUCUAUCGUGACCUGAAGCCAGAGAACAUUCUUCUAGAUUACACAGGACACAUUGCUCUGUGUGAUUUUGGUCUUUGCAAGCUAGACAUGAAGGAUGAGGACAGAACCAAUACGUUCUGUGGAACACCAGAAUACCUCGCCCCGGAGCUUCUCACUGGAGCGGGGUAUACUAAGACGGUCGAUUGGUGGACACUAGGUGUUCUUCUUUAUGAGAUGCUAACAGGUCUACCACCAUUCUACGACGAGAACACUAACGACAUGUACCGCAAAAUUCUCACCGAGCCCCUUCAUUUCCCCGGCCCAGAGAUCGUUCCACCUGCCGCACGGGAUCUCCUGACCCGACUGCUCGACCGCAAUGCUGAGAAGAGAUUGGGAGCGAAGGGAGCUGCCGAGAUCAAAGCGCACUACUUCUUCCAUAGCAUUGACUGGCGGAAGCUCUUAGAACGGAAGUAUGAGCCUAGCUUCAAGCCGAAUGUGCUUGACGCGAAGGACACUGCUAACUUCGAUCGCGAAUUCACAUCUGAAGCUCCCACGGACUCAUAUGUUGAUGGACCAAUGCUGUCUCAAACAAUGCAGCAACAGUUCGCCGGCUGGUCAUACAACCGACCUGUUGCAGGGUUAGGCGACGCCGGAGGUAGUGUAAAGGAUCCGUCCUUUGAGGGCGUCGCCGAGAGAUAGAAGGCGCUUUCCUUCGAAUUCGGUGUAGAAAGGAUGGUGACGACCUCGCAUGAGCAUCUGGACUGGGACUGGCGAGCGCAUAGCCAGCCGUUCUGAGGUGGAUGCUGUCAGAAGGACUCCACGAGACACGGGAUGCUCAUCUCAGCCCAUUGAGUCUGGAUGUCUUCUCGCUAAGGAUGGAGAGUGUUGUUUCUUGGCCUGGUUUAGGAAACGGAUUCAUCAGUUUCUUUUUGUUCGCUUGGGAAUGUUCGGGUUCGGCAUACACUACUCAGGCGCAUGAGGCAGCAUUUGUGUGAAGACAGGCGCGACUAUGCAGGCAAUUCAAGACGAUACCACAAUUU